AUGUCUGCUCGUCUCAUCCGCCCUACCAUCCGUCACUUUUCCGUCCAUCGUCCUGCUCCAGACACUCGUGCCACUCGAGUCAUCACCAUGUCAUGUCUCAUCUCUGCUGUUGUCCUCCCCUUUGUCCCUCCUGCUUUGGAGAGCUCUCGUGAAAGAAACCUCGGUUCUCCAAACCACAACAAGCCGCAUCCCCCACUUUGCUUCCAUGCUCGUUAG